CAGUGCAUAUCAUCCCUUUGCCUUGUUAUAGUGUGGCAUUACCGAGAAUAAGUACUAAUAUGGCAUAGCUGUACCGAUCGUAUGCUGUACUAGUGAGAGUCAUGUCGCGAGCCAGUCGAUUUGCAGUCGUUCUGGUGGUGCUCGUUUUUGUGAAACACUCGGUCUCGGAGUUUGGUGAUGCUAUUGAAGGGUGUCUGGAGCUCACUCUACCAGAAGUUAAACAGUACUCAGGGAAAGCUAGUGCACAGUCAGUCAAAGAGACAUUCACUUGCCUACUGGAAGCUAGAUAUGAUCCGUGUGAGGUACUUGGAACUGCUCUACUCUCGUAUCCACACCUCCAGCGACGAAUAAAGCUGGAGAUUGCUAGACAGUGUCAUUUUAACGAGCAACCCAAUACUGGGGAUGCAGUGAUGUCAGGGGAGGGGGAAGAGAGUGCGGAAGAAUCUAAUAAUAGAGAUGCUGAUCGAUCGAAGGGUACACCG